AAGCUUCUAGUCUUCCUUUCCGAACAUUUCUUCGCCAUGUCUCCGGUGCAGAAAAAGCUGAGCACGAAGGGGGGGAAGAAGAAGAGACAGGUGCUGAAGUUCACUCUGGACUGCACUCACCCUGUGGAGGAUGGCAUCAUGGACGCUGCCAACUUUGAGCAGUUCCUGCAGGAGCGCAUCAAGGUCAACGGGAAGGCGGGUAACCUGGGCGGGGGCGUCGUGACCAUCGAGAGGAGCAAGAGCAAGAUCUCCGUGACUUCGGAGGUCCCCUUCUCGAAACGAUACCUGAAGUAUCUGACCAAGAAGUACUUGAAGAAGAACAACUUGAGAGACUGGCUGCGUGUAGUGGCCAAUACUAAGGAGAGCUACGAGCUCCGGUACUUCCAGAUCAACCAGGACGAGGAGGAGGAAGAGGACGAGGAUUAAGCAUCACGCCCGCCCAUAAAUAAAUCCUCUUCCUCCACGUUA